CCAGUUGAGGAGCGAAUAGGAGCACACCCAUAUCAGCAAUUAUCAGCUACAGUUACUAUCUCCAGAUACACCGGCAGGGAGAGAAAUACUGCAGUCGUCCUGGACCAAAAAAACAACUUUGGUUUAAUUUAUCUCCGAUCACUGCGCGCAACUUUUACGCGUUAAAACAAUUUGGAGACGCUCCGCGGUGCUCCCUCUCCCUUCUCUAUCUGUGUGGAGUGACAAGGUUUGCCCGGUGCGUUCCUCUAUUGAGGUUUUGGACGACUAAAGGACCGGACUGCUUUAUCACCCGACCGUCCUUAUCUGGACGGAAUCUCCACACGAUUUUCAUUCAAAAAGGCACAGGAACUUCUUUUUGGAGACGGUGGAAGUGCCUUUACGCGUGGACAGUAUCACCUCCACAGGAUUGAGACCAGCCUAAGAAAUCCUCCCUGUAUUUUCCAUACUCCAAACAGGACGGAAAAGUUUUGAAAAUGUAUCAAAGCCUGGCCUUGUCCUCCAACCAGUCCCAUUAUUCGCAUGACACCGGGAAUUACAUCCACCCCUCGGCCAGCUCUCCGGUCUACGUCCCCACCACCAGAGUCCCUGCCAUGCUGCCCACCCUGCCCUACCUGCAGACCUGCGACUCUUCCCACCAGUCUCACGGCAUCGGCGGGCACCAUGGCUGGCCUCAGACCGGCAAUGACGGCUCCUCUUUCACGCCCAGCAGCCCUCACCCUCCGCACGGCUUCUCCUACUCGCACAGCCCGCCCGUCAACAGCAACACCGGUCGGGAUUCGACCUACCAGAGCCCACUGGUUCUCGGGAACGGCGCACGGGCGGAUCAGUACGGAAGCGCUCUGGUGCGCUCGGUUGGAGGCUCCUAUUCCAGCCCCUAUGCGUACAUGAGCCCGGAGAUGGCGACGUCCUCCUGGACGCCUGGACCCUUCGAGAGCGGAGUGAUAAGUCUGCAGGGACGACAUGGAGGACUGUCUGGGAGAAAGUCCAGUCUGGAUCUGGUGGACGAGAUGUGCACUGAAGGCAGGGAGUGCGUCAACUGCGGCUCCGUGUCCACGCCGCUGUGGCGCAGGGACGGCACCGGGCACUACCUUUGUAACGCCUGCGGCCUCUAUCACAAGAUGAACGGCAUCAACAGGCCGCUCAUCAAACCACAGAAACGGCUGGUAAGACACACUGAUAAUGGAGGACAUGGAACAGAGCUGGAAUUGUUGUUGAAGGCAGAGUCCACAAACAGGAUCCUGAUGUUGUUUCCUGGAGAGUCCAGGUGCUGGAGGAUGUAG